CAUCUCUGUCAUCCUCUGUAGCAGACAGAAAACAGAUGUCCGAUCUCAAUAGUCAAUACCAACAAAUGUCAUCGAUCGUUCUGACUUCUAAAGGAAAAAUUCGAAUACAUGGGUGCGUCGUGGUCAAAUAAAAGCUCUUGGUUCGGUUCGAAUAGCCCGACUAAAGACGGGAAAAUUUCUUCACCAAAUGGACCACCAUACUUGAAACAACCAAAACUAGAUCCUCGUAGACUUGCAUCGCAGUUUGUGUACACAAGGAAAGGCUCCAUGUAUUUUGACGAGGAUGGUGAUCUAGCUCAUGAAUUUUAUGAAGAAAUAAAAGUGGAUGACUCACAAAAAACAACUAUGAGACAAAAGCUGGCUAAUUUGAGACCUCAGGGCACAGUUUACUACCCUAAUCCAAGGCUACAUGUUGACUUUCCAAUACCAAUGUAUUCCCCCAUAGAAAAGUAAUCCUCUUAACUUGUAAAUAAGCAAACAUUGGCUUGUUUUGUGUUGUGUCUUCAACCAUAUUAUUGAUAUAUUAUGAAAUGUGUGAUUCACCUCAAUUUACAGUGGACAGGGAAAAUUUUCUCCAUUGAAAUCUCUCAGUCAUGUUUGGUGCACAUACAAACUGCUGUAACAGCUCUUACAAUCAUGUUCAGAACUGUGGAUGUAGCUGUAUUGUGGCAAAUAAUUAGGUCCCUCUAAAUGAAGAGAACAAUAGGUAUACUAGAAUGACCAACCUCAUACAGAAUUGGAGUUUGUAAGAACCCCAUUGUAGUCCUAUUCUGCUAUACAUAAAUUACUGCAUCUUCUAUAUCGACUGAAAGAAUCGCCCCUCUUGAAAUGUUACGGAUGUAAAUGUAGCAGUUAAAGUUGUUGAAAGGAACUUGGAUGCUACUCUAAAACAGAAUCAUUUAAAUAAAUGACGUUUUUCCAACCAAAA